AUGGAAGCAGGAAAUCAAUCUGGAGUCUCUGAGUUCAUCCUCCUGGGACUUACAGAUCAUCCUGAGAAGCAAAGGCUCCUGUUCUUCUUGUUUCUGCUUAUGUACCUGAUCACAGGGCUAGGAAAUCUGCUAAUUAUACUGGCCAUUAGCACAAACUCACACCUCCACACUCCCAUGUACUUCUUCCUUAGUAACUUGUCCCUAGUUGACAUCUGCUUCACCUCCACUACCAUACCCAAGAUGCUAGCAAAUCAUGUUUCUGGAAACAAAUCCAUUCCUUAUGUUGAGUGCAUAACACAAUUAUUCUUCUUUGUUUUGUUUGGGGAGAUAGACAGUGUCCUUCUCACUGUUAUGGCCUAUGACCGCUAUGUGGCUAUAUGUGCCCCAUUACAGUAUACCAUGCUCAUGACUCCAAAGGUCUGUGCUCUUCUAGUAGCAGUAUCUUGGUUUUGGGCUUAUAUUAAUGCUUUGACACAGACUGUCCUAUUGACCCGACUCUCAUUCUGUGGCCACAAUGAAAUCCCUCAUUUUUUCUGUGACAUCAGUUCAGUACUAAAAUUGGCCUGCUCAGACACCUUCAUCAAUGACUUGGUGCUCUUAGCAGUGGGAGGACUAACAGUCAUCAUCCCCUUCAUUGGUAUCCUUAUCUCUUACACUCGAAUUUUUGUGACUGUUAUGAGGAUUCCAUCUGCUUCAGGGAAGUGGAAAGCUUUCUCCACCUGUGGUUCCCACAUCACUGUAGUCUGUCUCUUCUAUGGGACAAUCAUUGGAGUAUACUUCAGCCCUACAUCUACCCACACAGCCCAACAGGACACAACAGCAGCUAUCAUGUACACGGUGGUUACCUCCAUGAUGAACCCAUUCAUCUACAGCCUAAGGAACAAGGAUAUGAAAGGAGCCUUAAGGAUGCUCUUCACCAGGAAACCAGUCCUUUCUCUGUGA